GAUUGUGGGUUCGAGUCCCAUCUGGGGUGAUUGCCUCUUUUUCUCCUGCUUACAAACUUAAUGUUGCGUGGAUUGAAUUGAUGAGUUGGAUAGAUUCUUCAAGCACUAGAAAUAACUGCAAACGCAAGCUGUAACACGUUAAGCCCUUGAAUAUAUUAACGCGUCAUCACCGUCGCACAUAACUCAAGUAGCCGUGAUAAGGACAGAUGCCCGCCUUAAUAUGUAAAAGACGUAGAAUUGCAGGGAAAUAUCAGCUGACAUGGAGAAGCUCACUGUCAAACUCUUCGUAUUGCUGACAUACUUGGCUGCACCAAUGCAAACUUACCAGCUUCAAGAGGCCACCGUUUUUUGGGAGGCUGCCCAGAAAAGUGUGAUCGUGAAGGAAGGGUUGAUGGAGACAGCGGGGGGAGCCUACGGUUACUUCAAUGACACUCUGCUCCUCACUGGAUGGGGCGUCUUGGAGAUCAGUGCCGGUCAUGGAGUCGCACAACAAGACGAGACCACCUUCUUCCUGGCCGGGUACCUGGAAGGCUAUCUCACUGCUGGACAAAUGUUCCAUCACUACCACAACAUGUACCCUCAACUCAUAAAGGACGAGAAGGUAUUGAAUCCCCUGAAAAGAUUUUUAAGCAAACAGGACCAGUGGGCCAGAGAGCAGGUGAAACUGAGGAGAGCCAGUGACCCCUUGUGGAAGCAUCUGGGACUGAUCCUAGCCCAGCUGGACGGACUCCAUGCCGGGGCCGCACAGUGGGCCAAAAGCAAACACAGAGAGCCUCUAUCAGCAUUUGCACUUCAGUUUCUGAAUGGUGUCGGCGACCUCCUGGAUCUUGUCCCAGCUCUGACACCUCGCUCCAACUCCUCCACAGGCGGCGGGGCUUUCAGGAUUCCAGGAAUGGGCCACUGCACUGCUCUCAUUAAGGUGCUUCCUGGCUUUGAGAACCUGCUGUUUGGACACUCGAGCUGGUACACAUAUGCAGCCACCAUGCGCAUCUAUAAACACUGGGACUUCAAGGUGUCUGACACACCCUUUGCCAAUGGAAAGAUGUCGUUCAGCAGCUACCCUGGAUUCCUCAUGUCUUUGGAUGACUUCUACCUUCUUGGGAGCGGCUUGCUGAUGACUCAGACGUCCAUAGAUGUCUUCAACGUCACUCUGCUCUCCCAGUUCAGCCCUCACAGCCUGCUGGCCUGGCAGAGAGUCCGUCUGGCCAACAGCCUGGCACACAGCGGAGAGGAGUGGGCGCAGAUCUUCUCCAAAUACAAUUCAGGGACAUAUAAUAGUCAGUACAUGGUGGUGGACCUGAGUAGGGUUGCUCUGGGUCACAGUAUCAGGAGUGGAGCUCUGACUGUGGUGGAGCAGAUUCCUGGGAAGGUGUUGCACUCAGAUCAGACUCAAGCUCUACGCAGAGGUUACUGGCCAUCCUACAAUAUACCGUUUCAUGUUGAAAUCUACAACCUGAGCGGGUACGGAGUGAUGUGGAAGAGAUAUGGCGAAGACUUCUCCUACGACCUCUGUCCGCGAGCCAAAAUCCUCCGCAGGGACCAGGCCAAGGUGUUUGACCUGAACACCCUCAAACACAUGAUGAGAUACAACAACUACAAGAGAGACCGCUACUCUAAGGGCCAUCCAUGUAAAACCAUCUGUUGCCGAAAUGAUCUGAGACCAAGAAGACCACGACCAGGGGGUUGUUAUGACACCAAGGUGACUGACUACCAGAUGGCUGUCCAGCUGGUUGCUGAGGCAAUAAACGGCCCAACAACACAGGGGGGCCUGCGUCCGUUCUCAUGGCAAUCCUUCAACCUCUCAAGUCACCAGGGUCUCCCACAUACCUACAACUUUCCCUUCAUCACCAUGAGGCCCACACUGCAUCAUCCAUGAGAGCACAGGGACAGAGGACACCACCCACCCGUCCAGGAAGAAACAGUCAUGCUUUCUUGCUCCAAUCAGAAGUUUGCAGACAUGGAACAGUGUGACUGAGGUAAAUCUCAUCCUGUAAUACGUAGUCCAUUAAAUCUUUAUGGUAAUCUAAUUUCCCUUUUAGCUCAUUAACGUCAAUCUGGUUUAAAAUGUAACCCUUUUGUUUUAAUAAGCUAUUUACUAAUUCAUUGGAACACCUCCCUAAAAUGCAUUUUUAACCCUUUACUUUAUUAUAAAACCAGCAUUUAUUCAAUGAAAUACUCUUAUUAGAAUCAAAGCUGUUCUAUUUUCUGAGAAUCCACCCAAUAGUUGCAGCACUAUGUUUAACUUACUUAACAUAAUUAUUGUUGACUUCUAAGCUGUGUUUUCAAACUGUGGAAAAGUUUAUUCUUUAAAGUGUUUUAUUUUAUACAUCAGAUAAAUGCAAUAAAAGGACUGUGCAAUGUUUACUCAGGUUUACAAAGAGAUGGAAUUACAUGUUUGCUGUAAUGUAAAUAUCAAGGACAAU